AUUAGAGACUUUUCCCCCCUCCCCUGGUAACAGAACUUGUGUAAAAUUGCUGAGAGAAGCCAAACCAUUUGUGUCCCAGGGGCUGAGAGCAAACUACAGUCAGGUGAGUUGGGUGGACUGGACGGGGAGGCAGGCUAGUGGAUUUCUGAAGAUGAUGGCAGGUCUAAAGGCCCUACUUGCAAGGCCAGUGAGAAAGCAGGGAAGAAGUUAAAGCUGGAGAGUGUUGGGAAUGAAAUUUGUGCUUGUAAGUGAUAUUAGCCCCACCCAGCAGCCUCUGGAGAGGGGAGUGGUUGCUGGAGGUUGAGCUCUAGAAUCACUCUUGAACACUGGAGACCAACCUCCAGGCUGGUGAGAGCUUCCAUCUGCUGGAGGGUAAUCCUGCCCGCCUCCAUGGGGACUGAUGGAUCCUGCCCUGGGGACCCUUCUGGACCUCACCCCGUGUACCUCUUCAUCUGACUGUUCAUCCUUGUAAUAAGCCAGUAAAACUGAGUAAAGUGUUUUCCUAAAUUCUAGGAGUCAUUCUAGAAAAUUGCCAAGUCUAAUUUGAGGGAUUGUGGGAACCCUUGAAUCCACAAUGCUCUCGGCAGAAAAUGUGGGCAGCUGGGCACUACAUUUAUGGUUGGCAUCUGGAGUAGAGGAAGUCUCAUGGGACUAAGACUUUGAACUUGUGGGAUCUGAUAGGAAGAUGGUGUCAGAAUGAACUGAAUCCUUGGACACCCAGGCAAUGUCAGAACAUUAGUUGUUGGGGUGAAGAAAACUAUUUAUACGAAUUUUUAGAUUUUGAGAAAUCCAUGACUGUUGUCUGUCACAGGGUGUUGGUCGGUAAGUGGGUGGACGACAUGGACGUAUAAGGGAGGUAAGAGGGCAGAACUAACAAAAUAUGCUUUUUUGUCUCAGAUGUUAUUGAGCACGAGCCAUGUAACCAGGCAUUGGGACAGGUCCCGUGUAUGCAGUUGGAAUAAAGUUGCUUUUUUUUUUUGGUCCUGCAUGCAUGCAGAAAAGAGUGCAUGGGGAUUGAGGUGGGCAGUAAAAGGGAUGGAAUUAGGGGCUGAUAGACUUUAAGUGGUGUCAGUGGAUGAGCGGGAAAGGGAGAGGCUCUGAUUGCUGGAGGGAUCUCCGGUUCUUCAUCUGACAGGGCAUUCCUGGUAAGACCUGGCAGGGGGCUAUACCACUUAAGAGGACGAUGUUUAGAAAUCUGAGUUUGGGAAACAGAACACAACUGAAAUCCUAGCUGUAUCAUUCCUUAGCCAUGUACUUUCCUCAUCUUGCUGAAGUUUCCUGAAACUGUGUCAUGUGUCCAUGUCAUUCUGGGCUGCAAUAAUAAAAUACCACACAUUGGUGGCUUAAACAACCGACAUUUGUUUUUCACAGUUCUGGAGCCUGGGAACUCCCAAGACCAAGGUGUCAGCAGAUUCAGUAUCCUUGAUGUGCCUGCCUUCUCACUGGGUCCUAACUUGGUAGAGAGAGAGAGCUGUGGUGUGUUCCUCUAAGAAUUACUCCAGUCCCUUCAUCGGGGACCUCCUCUCAAGACCUCAUCUAAACCUAAUUGCCUCUCAAAACGCCCCACCUCCAGAAACAACAGGAUUACCAUAGGGAGGAUUGAUGCAGUCAUCAUUGUUGUUAAGAAUGGAGAGCUCACUGCAGGAGAGAUCACUGUGGGGCCAUCCUUCGGACGAGCCAUCUCAGGAGCCCCUAACCGGACCGCAGGACCUGUCUGCCCUGAUACCUUAUAAAGAACAAGAAUCUGUGACCUACAAAGAUGUAGCUGUAGACUUUACCCAGGAAGAGUGGGCCCUGAUGGACACAUCCCAGAGAAUGCUGUACAGAGAUGUGACGCUGGAAAACAUUAGUCAUCUGGUCUCUGUGGGGUGUCAUUUCUUCAGAUCAGAUGUGAUCUCCCCGUGGGAGCAAAGAGGGGAGCUGUGGAGGGAAGAAAGAGGACCGCCCCAAGGCUGGAGUCCAGGCAUGGAAAAAAGCCAUAACAAGCAAGAAAUAAUAUCUAUGCAAGAUAUCUACAUGAAGGACCCACCUAACUGCUGGACAAUACAGAAACGUCAUGCAGGAGAAGACCUCUCUGUAUAUAGUGGGUAUGAAGUUUUCAUUCACACCUACACACUUACGCAACAUAUCUUAACUGACACUGGACACAAACCAUAUAAGUGUAAUGAAUGUGGAAAACACUUCACCCGAAACGCAAACCUUCAUACCCACAAAAUAAGUCACACAGGAGAGAAUCCAUUUGUUUGUAAUCAGUGUGGGAGGCGCUUCAGGUAUUUUUCAUCUUUAACUAGACAUAAGCGAAUUCAUACUGGAGAGAAGCCUUAUGAAUGUCAUCUAUGUGGGAAAGCCUUUGUUCGUAGUUCCCUUAAACAACAUCAGAGAACACACACUGGAGAGAAACCAUAUACAUGUCCUCUAUGUGGAAAAGGCUUCGUUACAAGGUCUAAUCUUCGAGAGCAUGAGAGAACUCACAGUGGAGAGAAACCAUAUACAUGUCAUCAUUGUGGAAAAGCCUUUGUUCAAAGCUCUUGUCUUAGAAAACAUGAGAGAACUCACAGUGGAGAGAAACCAUAUAAAUGUCAUCUAUGUGGAAAAGCCUUUGUUACAAGCUCUAAUCUUCGAGACCACGAGAGGACUCACACUGGCGAGAAACCAUAUAAAUGUCAUCUGUGUGGAAAAGCCUUUGUUCAAAGCUCUUGUCUUAGAAAACAUGAGAAAACUCACACUGGUGAGAAACCAUAUACAUGUCAUCUAUGUGGAAAAUCCUUUGUUCAAAACUCUUAUCUUCGAGAACAUGAGAGAACUCACACUGGAGAGAAACCAUAUAAAUGUCAUCUAUGUGGGAAAGCCUUUGUUCGAAGCUCUUGUCUUAGAAGACAUGAGAGAAUUCACAUUGGAGAGGACCCAUAUACAUGUCAUCUGUGUGGAAAAGCCUUUGUUACAAAUUCUGAUCUUAGUAAACACAAGAAAACUCACACUGGACAGAAACCAUAUACAUGUCGUCUAUGUGGAAAAGCCUUUGAUCAUACCUCUUGUCUUAGAAGACACGAGAAAACUCACAGUAGUGAGAAACCAUAUACAUGUCAUCUAUGUGGAAAAGCCUUUGUUCAAGGCUCUAAUCUUCGAAAACAUGAGAGAACACACUGGUGAGAAGACAUGAUUGUCAUCUGUGUGAAAAAGCCUUUGUUCAAAGCUCUUGGUUUAGGACACAUGAGAAAACACACUAGAGAGAAACCAUAAACAUGUCAUCUAUGUGGAAAAGUCUUUGAUAUAAGCUCUGAUCUUAGAGACCAUAAUGGAAUUCACUCUAAUUCUAGUGAAUUCACAUGGAAGUGCCUUCAGCCACAUUACUAAUAUGAAACCAGCCAGAGGACUCAUGUGGGGGAAGUUCCAUGGUCAUAUUCAUUACAGAAAUGUCUUCAUUUUUAACUCCUCCUUACACAACAUGAGUAAACUACAUUUGGAGGAACCCUAUAUUUAUAAUCAAGGAGGAAGACACAUUAGCUGGUCUCUGGUCAUAGGUAGCACAAGAACAUCCAGUAUGAAUACUAAUCUAAUCUCCUAUAAGUGGGAAUUUACACAGGAAAAUCUUUAUAGAUGGAGUCACUGUAGGAGAAUAACAGAAAAAUUAAUGCUGGAGAAGUUAUUGUUACAUGCAUGGAAAAAAACUUGACUAGUAGAAAAUCUAUUGUAGGCAAGUGAAGCUUCACACUCUGUAUUAUAGUAAACGAAUGGCAGCCUAAGUGAUUUUUAAUUCCUUAGUCAACAUGUAGUUUCCCACACUGUAUAUAUGGCAUUACUAAAAUCAGAUGAAAGGUUAGACUUUGCAUUAGAAAUCCCUGACUAGGAAAAACAUUUAUCAAUAAAGUCUUAACACACAAUUUAGACAUUUAUUUAUAAUUCUGCCUAACAGCCUAUUAUUAUAAAAAUGUAAGAAGGGUAGCAUUGUGACAUCAUCUGGCAGUUCUAAAUUCAGAAUUUUGUAACUUUUUUUUUUUUUUUGGUUCUUGGAACUGCAUAUGAGGCAAACUUGUUGCUGAAAAAGCCAUUAUGUUGGUCAGGGUCCUAUUUUUCAUGCAGCAAUAGUAAUUAUGAUGAUUGGAUUCAACUAGAAAGUGUCUUUGAAUAUUAACUGAAAAACAUAGAACACAAGAUGAUGCGUCAUUACUACAUAUCGUUAACCACGUAUGUAGGUCGUAAUGAUGAAUUAAAGAUUCUUACAUAGAUAGUUUGUGACCGAACCCUGUAUAAAUUUUCAUUUUAAAAUGCCAUUAUUGAAACAAAGAAGGGUAUUACCUAACAAUAAGGGGGUCUAUUCAACAACAGGAUAUAACAUCUGUAAAUAUUCAUGCGCUCAACAUAGGAGCACCUACAUAUAUAAAACAAAUACGAACAGAUGUCAAGGGAGAGACAGUUAUGCAGUAGAAGGGGGAUGUUAAUACACACUUUCAUCAAUGAACGAAUCAUCCGGACAAAAAUCAGAUAACAUCUACCGUAAGUGACACGUUAGAUGAGAUGGACUUCACAGAGGUACACCGCACACUUCAUCCCAAAGCAGCAGAACAACAUACUCUUGGCAAGCUUCCAUGAGACAUUCUCCAGAAUUGGUCAUAGUUACUGCCUGUUAGUAGCAAUGAGUAAUUUUUUUUUUCUCUUUUACCCAAGCCAUGUAAUUGCCCCUCUUCCUCUUUCUCCUAUAAAGCCCUUGCUUUCACCCCACAGAUAGGACACUUUUCUGGUUACUGCUGGAAUCGGUGCUCCCCAAACUGCAAAUCUUUAAUCCCAAGUAAACACUCAUCUGCCUCUCGUUGCAGCUCUUGUUUUCAGGUGGCAAUGGGGACAAGUAAUGUUUCUUUUCCUUUCUUGGCCAGGCGCUACAGAGCGUGACCUGGGAGAGCUGACUUUGGAAGGAACUCUCUAUUCUGGCUCUCCCAGUUUUCAGGAUCCAACCCGCAGCUCCAGAAUGAGUGUGAUCACUCUGCCACUGCCUCAAAAGGUGCCAUCAUAGGCCACCAAACGAUUGAAGAAAAAUAAUAGUU